UUAAAUUGACUGACCUCCUCAGCAAUAAGAGAAGGGGUUUGAAAUAAAGAGCGAGCCGAAGUGAGUUGAGGCGUAUCAGUCAGUAUGGCACUGAAAAGAAUACAGAAGCUGAGAAGACACCAGCAGCGCUUCAGGCAUCCCUAACAACCACAGCUACACCUGAAGGCCAGGGAUUGUACUGGAGAGUAAGACAAGACAUGUGAUACAGUGAUGAUACAGCAAAGGAGCUGCAGGACCUGCAGAGAGACCCUCCAGCACAGUGCUCUGCUGGACCAGUGGGAGACGACUUGUUUCAUUGGCAGGCGACCAUAAUGGGUCCGGGUGACAGUCCUUACCAAGGAGGAGUUUUCUUUCUCACAAUCCACUUCCCCACCGACUACCCCUUCAAGCCACCAAAGGUAGCGUUUACAACAAAGAUCUAUCACCCAAAUAUAAACAGCAAUGGGAGUAUCUGUUUGGACAUUCUACGGUCACAGUGGUCUCCAGCACUAACAGUAUCUAAAGUUUUAUUGUCCAUAUGUUCGUUGCUUUGUGACCCCAACCCAGACGACCCGUUAGUUCCCGACAUAGCGCACAUCUACAAGAACGACAAAGACAAAUACAACAAACUAGCAAAAGAAUGGACCCAAAAGUAUGCCAUGUAGACAAAAAUACUAAAGCAAAAAGAAGACAAAAACAUGCAGAGAAUUUUUCUUUUUCCUUUGUUUGUUUGUUUUUUGUUUGUUUUUUUUAAGUCACAACACACUGUAAGUUAUAGUAAGGAAUCAUGAAGUAAUCUUAGGUAACAUUCAUCAUACUGUACUGUCAUCAUCAUUAUUAAUAAUCUGAGACCAUGACUUGGAGAUUAUUUGUUCUUGAAAGGAGGUCGGAGGUUUUACUUUGCACAGAUGCUAAAGGUUGCGUAUUAAAAGAUUAAGGGAUAUCUUGACAUUUUGAAGUUUAGCGUGUUAGGUUUUUUCGUCAAGAUUUUUUUUUUUUUUUUUUACUAAGAACAUGUUUAUCACCAGUAGCUUUACAGCAUUCAACUAUACCCCGCUAAAUGCUGAAAUAAAUUUCCCGCAGCCUGAAAUGUGUAGGAAAGAGCAAGAAACUUCAAAAUGUCAAAAUAUCUCCUUCGAUAUUACAACUCGUCACCUUCAUUUACCAGUUGGUGAUUGAGGGUUUUUUUUGUUGUUGUUGUUUUUGUUAUUUUUUUUUUCUUUUGCGUCUUGUAGCAGAUGAAGUUGAAUGAAAUAAUGUACUGUUACUGUUGCAUUUACCCUGAAAAUGGGAACAGUUAUGAAUCAAAUCAUGUAUUAGUGUUUUAUUUCUUUCAUUCAUCCUUUUAGGUUUGUUAUUAUUAUUUUCAUUUGGAUAUUUUUAUUUUAAUGUAUAGUAUUAAACAAAAAAAAAAAACUUCUCUGGACCUAUUUUAUUGUUUUAUUCUUGACAUUACAAAAAAAAAUCAUCCAAGAACCAUGUAAAGCUGUCAUUAAAAACUAUUUAUGUACCUGUUUUCCCUGAGAAUAGCUGUGAUGUUGGGUUUUGGUUGGAUUUACACAGGCACAGGACGUCGGAUUUGAAAGCUGAGGGGACCCAUAUCUGAGGGUUGAAUAUGUUAUUCUGUGUUUGAUCUGUAGUCAGACUUUCUGUCUAGCUUAUCUAAUGUUUACUGCAGAUCAAAUUGUUUUUCAGAGCAGACCUGCACUGCAAAGGUGGCAAAAAAAAAAAAAAAAUCCCAUUUUCUGUUCCUGUGUAAACACAGUCUCUCAGUUGUGUCUUUGAGGCCUGUUUGGCACCUUUUGUACUGAAUUAAAGAAUGGUACAGUUUUUAUCAUUA